AUGGGUCGUAGAAACCGUAACGUCAAUAAAUUUGCACAACGUAAGCGAGAACGGAAGGAACAGGCAAAGAAUCCACAAGAGAAACCUGCAGCUGAUACACGUAAACAUUACGAGGAUAUAGUGAGAGAAAAUGCAGCAUUUGAAGAAUAUUACAAGAAUCAAAAAGUGUGCCCGGAAGAAGAAUGGUUAGAUUUCAUGACAUCUCUAAAAGAAAAUCUACCCACAGCAUUCCGUAUAACUGGGUCCAAGUGUGAGGCUGAUGCAUUAUUGAAUAUUGUUAAGAGUGAAUAUUUCUCAGAUAUUCUAAAUAUGAAAAUAAAAAAUGAGGAUAAAGAAGAGGAAGAAGAGAUAAAACCCAUUAGUUUACCAUGGUAUCCAGGAGGCUUAGCCUGGCAACUCCGCCUAUCCAGAACUGAUAUUCGCAGAAAUGAAUUAUUAUACAAACUCCACAAUUUCCUUGUAGCAGAAACAGCUGCAGGAGGUGUUUCAAGACAAGAAGCAGUGUCUAUGAUACCACCAGUUGUGUUGAAAGUGGAACCCCAUCAUAAGGUAUUAGAUAUGUGCGCUGCUCCCGGUUCCAAGACAGCGCAGUUGAUAGAGUUCCUGCACGCUGAAGAAGACAAAGUACCCACCGGUUUUGUAAUGGCGAACGACGUUGACAAUAGCCGAUGUUACAUGUUGGUUCAUCAAGCCAAGCGCUUGAAUUCACCUUGCAUACUGAUCACCAAUCACGACUCUGCCGUUAUGCCGUCACUUAUCACCACUGAUGAAAAGGAUCCUACAGUGACAAAGCCAUUAAAGUUCGACCGGAUUUUAUGCGACGUGCCUUGCUCUGGAGACGCGACCCUGCGUAAGAACCCCGACAUUUGGUUGAAAUGGUCUACUGGGAAUGGAAAUAACCUUCAUGGCAUACAAUACCGCAUACUCCGUCGUGGCUGUGAACUCCUGGCUGUGGGCGGUCGUCUUGUCUACUCUACUUGCUCCUUCAAUCCGAUUGAAAAUGAAGCUGUCAUACAUAGGCUACUGCAAGAAAUCGGCGAGAGCGUUAAGCUGGUGGACGUGUCAGAUAUGCUGCCGGGAUUGAAGUUCCACAAGGGAAUGACACACUGGCGACCGGCGUCAAAGGAUAUGGUGUUUUACGACAAGUACGAAGAUGUUCCGGAAAAAUGGCAAACGGUUGUUCGUCCACAGAUGUUUCCACCCAAACCUGAAGAUCUAGACAAAUACAACUUGGAAAAAUGUAUAAGAAUUUUGCCUCAUCAUCAAGACACGGGCGGGUUUUUCGUAGCAGUAUUCGAGAAGACAUCACAGUUACCCUGGGAGAAGGCUGAAGAACAAAAAAUGGAAACUAAUGAAACGGCAGAAGUGUCAAAAGAAGAGAAGAAAGAGCCGCCCAAAAAGAAGAGAAGAAUGGGCGGAUACAGAGAGGAUCCUUUCGUAUUCUUCUCUGGAGACACUGAAGACGUGUUCCCUUCUAUCAAAGAAUACUACGACCUUAAAUCGGACUUUGAUUCUACCUGUCUUUUAACGAGGUGUCAUGUGGGGAAAAAGAAGAAUAUAUAUUUGGUGUCGAGUGUGGUCAAAGAUGUUGUGCAGAAGAAUGAGAAUAAUAUCAAGAUUAUCAAUACAGGCGUGAAGACGUUCGUUAGGUGCGAUAAUAAAAACAUGACGUGUCCUUUCAGGUUAUCACAAGAGGGUCUGCCAAGCAUAUCACAAUAUAUAGGACCCAAGCGAAGGGUUAAUAUCCUGAAGGAAGACCUCAUUCUGGUGUUACAGAACGACAACCCGAGCAAUCCGCCCGAUAUCAAACUGUUCUCUGAACACACACAGAAUUUGGUUAAAGACUUUGCAACGGGCAGUUGUAUUCUAGAAUACCAAGACACGGAAUCAAACCUGAAACUAACGCUAGUGGGUUGGCGAGGUGUACAUUCGCUGCGCGCGUACACCGCCACGCCCGACACUGUGCAUUAUUUGCGACUCUUAGGCGCCGAUUAUAGUAAAUAUGACGUUAACAAAUUCAAAAAGGCCUCUGACGUAUCAGACGAGGCGGACACAAAUAACGUCGCCGAAGUUUCGCAGUGUUCGACAAGCGAAAAUGAGCCUAAUGGUGAUAAGGAGAAUAACGGUGACGUCUCUACAAAUGAAACUUCAAAUAUAAAUAGUACAUAA